AUGUCGAAUAAAGGCGAGAGCCUCAUUCUCCCCAGCAAUGCCGUCUUCCUAGUCCACAAGGUCGGCAGCUCGAAAGCCGGUCGCGAGACUCAGUGGGAGACUCGCUCCAAGACCAUGCGUACAGCUCCCGGUCCGGCCCCUCGCAUAGCUGAAGAAACAAGCGCCAAUAACAGCGUCAAGUCAAAGAGCGACGCUGUUGAAGGGGGUUCGUGGGAGUUUGUCACCUACACGCCUCGCAAAGACCAGCAACUACCAAAACGGCCAAAGGAACUCAAGCGCAGGCGGCGUAAUGAAGGCAAAGCUCCCUCAACCAAGGAUAGAUCCGUCGUCCCUAUAAAACAAGAACCGAGAGUGCCUCGCAGUCCAAGUUCCAUGCCCCCAGAUCUUCCAGUGAGCCUGGUCCGACACGCGCUUCUUUAUCUAAACUUUUACUUCCACUCAAUAGCCAACGGUGCAUACACGCUUCCAUGUUUGCUUUUCAACCCUGCCAAAAGGGACUGGUUCCCCAGUAUGAUGCAGGACGAAGCUUGGCAAUGCAUCAUCCUAUCUCUAUCUGCCAGCACCCUUGCUUCGGUGACCGGAUCCUCUUCCAACUACGUGGACUCUCACACUCUCCUUGACGAAGCGCUGCGGCAACUCAAGGAUCGAGUCGCAUCUGGCGCCCUUCCCUCUGACCAAACACUGGGUGCAAUUUCUUGUCUGGCCAUGUGGAGUAAUGACCAAGGCAACUAUGACAAAGCGUGGAUCCACGCCAAUGGCCUCGCGGAACUCGUCAAGUUACGAGGAGGCUUCUCCAAAAUUAGCAACGGGAUGAGAUCCAAAGUAUACCGAGGCGUUUUUGAUAUUGCAGUGGACGUUGAUAAACCUCCGCUUUUAGACGAAGGCCUCCGAGACUCUUCAAGCAGAGAAACUAUCUGCGAAGAUGACUUAGAAUCAGAUGGAUCUGAAUCUACUCCACCCGAAUGCCGAGUGUCUCCACGGUUGUCCAGCAUUUUCCAUGAUGUCGCUCAACUCAGUACCACUGUUGACGAUGCAAUGACUCAAAACCUCAAGCUGGACCCGAAUUACCUAUACGAGACCGUCUUUGGGCUUUACAACCGCCUCCUCACAUGUCAAUCCGACAAAAUGAGCGGUUGCAAUGACAGCCUACGAAUCAGCCUCAUCUUGUACCUCAAAUCCAUCGCAGCACAAGAUCGCCUAAACGGGACAUCGAUGAAUUUGGUUCGCAAGCUCCAAGCUUCUAUCCAAGGCUGUCUACGCUCUUCAUCGCCACUCACAAGGUGGAAACUAUUCAUUGGUGGCUUAGCCGCUACAGAUGGAACUGCUGAACAGCAGUGGUUCCUCCAACAUUUGGCCACUGCCAUGACAGAGAAAAAUAUGGUUGGUGAAGAUGGCUGGAAGUCAUUGCAAGCAGAGCUGAGCGAUGUCUUAUGGGUCAAGCCAAUUCAUGAGGCCGCUGGAUAUAAACUAUGGCUGCAAAUU